GCCGACGAUCCACCACUACCACCACCACCACUACCACCGUCACCAUGGGGAAGUCGUUCGCCAACUUCAUGUGCAAGAAGGACUUCCAUCCCGCGUCCAAAUCCAACAUCAAGAAGGUAUGGAUGGCCGAACAGAAAAUAUCAUAUGAUAAGAAGAAACAAGAAGAAUUAAUGCAACAGUAUCUUAAAGAACAAGAAUCUUAUGAUAACAGGUUGCUUAUGGGAGAUGAACGUGUGAAGAACGGUCUUAAUUUCAUGUAUGAAGCCCCACCAGGAGCCAAAAAGGAGAAUAAAGAGCAAGAAGAAGCAGAAGGAGAGACUGAAUAUAAAUUUGAAUGGCAGAAAGGCGCCCCACGAGAAAAAUAUGCCAAAGAUGAUAUGAACAUCAGAGACCAGCCAUUUGGUAUCCAGGUGCGAAAUGUAAGAUGCAUUAAGUGCCACAAAUGGGGUCACGUCAACACUGACCGAGAGUGUCCUCUGUUUGGUCUUUCUGGAAUCAACGCCAGUUCAGUUAACAGUGAUGGUUCAGGCCCAUCAAUGCACCCCUCCGAGCUAAUAGCGGAGAUGAGAAACAGUGGGUUUGCGCUGAAACGAAAUGUACUGGGGAGAAACUUGACCGCAAAUGAUCCAUCACAGGAAUAUGUGGCAAGUGAAGAUGAAGAAGACCCAGAAGUUGAGUUUUUAAAAUCGCUGUCAACUAAACAAAAACAGAAACUUCUCAGAAAAUUAGAUCGGCUUGAAAAGAAAAAGAAAAAAAAGAGAAAGGAUAGAAAGAAGAAGCUGCAAAAGAAGAAAAGCAGAAGUAAGCAGAAAAAGCAUAAGAGCAGCUCCUCCUCCUCCUCGUCUUCCUCUUCCUCCUCCAGUGAGACUUCAGCAAGCAGCAGUGAGAGUGAGAGUGACAGCAAAGAGAGAGGAGCACAAAAGAAGAUGUAUUCUAAGAAGAGAAAAAAAGACAAGUUUUCAGAGGUUAGCAGCAGUGAUUCUGAAGGGAAGGAAAAGUCUCUGAAGAAAAAACUUGACAAUGAGCCCUCCAGUAGUCACGGCAACAAGGAAAAAACCAAGGAGAAGACUCAUCUUUUAAAGCAGGAUAGUUCUAGGGGGAAUGAUAAAUGGCAGUACCGUGGUUCCGACCGAAAGUCCAAAAGGAGAAACCAGAGCCCAGACAAGAGGGAAUCUGAAAGGAAUGAAGGUAGCAGGAGCCACGGCAAGGAUGAGAGGAGUGGGAGAAGUCACGGCAGUUGCAGGCAAACAAGAAAAAGGCCAAGUCGAAGCUCCAGUGAAGAGCGGCACAGGAAAAAUGAAGCCCGGAGCCGUCACACAGAUGUGCAGAGAGAGGGAAAGAAAUACGGAGAGAACUCUGGAAAUCAGUAUAGUAAGGUGGAACGUAGAGAAAGAAGCAGAAGUAGAAAUAGAAUGGAGAGAGAGCGUGUGUGACGGUUGCCAGGGAAUAAAAAUCUCUCUACUCUUUUUUAAUACCUUCAAGCAAGGGCUAAAUUGUGCACUGUUGUCUUUCUAAUAAAAAAGGACUGUUUUCAUUUUCCACUUCUAUAAACUGUCAUUGCAUGCACAAAACUGCAGCAGUACCGUAAGAAUGAAUCUUGUGAAUAUUUGUAAGUAACCUAUUUUGACUGUAGACGUUUCUUCUCCCGGUAAAUGUUUCUUCCUCUCUUGCACCGCUUAGGCCGCGUAUAACUUUGUAAAUGCCAUUUUCUUUUAUUUGAAAUAUCAUUAAAAGAGGAAUGACAGCACCCUGAA